AUGCUGCCCUCACUUGCUCCUUCUGAGUUUCAAAAGCCAUGUGUGAAACGGAGAGCCUCCAAGAGAAAGGGACCCAAGGCCUCUCUCUGUCUGAAGCCCGCCCCUCUCAUCCACCCUGCGCCUGUGUUCUUCACUGUUCCUGCCACAACCGUGAAGGUUGUGAGCCUCGGCAGCGGCUGCAACAUGGUGCAGCCUGUCAGUGCAGCUGUGGCCCGAAGUCCUCAGACCAUCCCCAUCACCACCCUGCUGGUUAACCCCACUGCCUUCCCCUGUGCGUUGAACCAGCCCCUUGUGGCCUCCUCCAUCCCUCCCUUAAUUGUCUCUGGCACCUCUGUGAAUCUCUCUGUACCAUCCACCCCUGAAGAUAAAGCCCCAGUGAAUGUGGACACAGCUUGUCCUUUGGCUGAGGGGAAAAAUGCCUUUCAAGGCCUCGAACCCAAAUUAGAACCUCGGGAACCGUCUCCUGUCUGUGCUGCUGUCUUCCCCAAAGAGGAGCACAGCCCAGGGCCUCCAGCUACAGACCGAGCGUGCCAGGAGCAGCUGUCGGAGAGCAGUGCCUGUGGCUGGACCGUUGUGAAAGCAGAGGAGGGGAGGCCGGCCCCUGAACCACUGCCUCAGGGCUUCCGGGAACCUCUGCACACUCGCCCUGAGGACUUAGAGGAAACCGUUAAGACGGAACCUAAAGACCCUGGGCAGGACACCUGUGGUGGAUCCCUGGAGCAGGACAGCCAUGAUGAAAUCAAAGAAGAACACUCUGUGGAGUUGGACACUGGCUUCCCAAGUGAGGAGUCAAGCGGGCCUAGAGAGGGGAAGGAACAGGCAGGCCUACAACAGGAGGAGGUGUCAUCCAGCUAUUGCUGCUGUUGCUGCUAA